AUAGAAGAUGGUGAUACCUUGUAUAAAGCUAAACACAACAUCUUUCAAACCUUUUCAGACUUCAUGACUAGGAUUACAAAAUUUGAUGAAUUAGCAGAAGUGGGAAGUAGAUUACUAGUUGGUUUUCAACAAGGACUCGAGUAUCUGCGGCGCCAACCAAUUGAAAAGAAUUCUGAAUUGGUCGAGCGCAUUAUUAGAGAUAAUGAAACCGAGAGGCUUUCCUCCUACAUUGAAGCUGGAUGUUUGAAUGCUCAUGAUUCUGUACAAAAUAUGUCCAAGUUACAUACAUGCCACCUUGGACUUCAGGAUCACGUAAACAAAGCAAAGUGUGUAGUUGAUGAACUUGCAUGUCUUCUAAAGGAUGCGGAAGCUAUAGUCCAAUCGAUAAACUGUAGUUUGGCUCAAAGGGGGGAACUAAAUGUGGACAAUGGUACAUAUUCAUUGGAAACCUCUCAUGAUGGAACAGAAGCGCAAUCUAUUGAUCUUCUGAAACAUGAGGUCAUCGAUACUACAACACUAAUGGCAAUAGUGUACUCCAUGGUAAAAAGUGACUACACAAUGCAGGAAAAGAUUGUUUCUUCCCUUAACCUCACUUCACCUUCUGGAGAAUUGGAGAGCUACUCCAGCAUGUGGUCUUUGCGCCCUUACAUAGACGAUGAAAUCAUGCAUAAAGCCUGGAAACUUGUCCGCUAAUUCGUUUUCUUCCUGUUUCUUAUUGGUGAAAGAUCACCAGAUAUCUUUAUUUAUAUCAGAAAAAAGCUUUACUAUAGCUUUCUUUCUGGAAAUUUGUUUGAAGCCGUAGCAAGAUUUAGUUUGGAGAUAUAUAAAAAGGACAGAAGAACAGAAAAAGUACCGAAAAUCAUAUGAGUUCGU